CAUUGAUAUAUAUGAUUUUCUUCUAUUGUUGACACAAUUCUUGAACCAAAUAUCUUGACAGAUAAUGUUGAAAAACAAGUUGGUGAUGAUGACUUGCUGUUAGUGUUCUCUCCACCGAUUCCACCGAAAAUACCAUUCAUAGUAGUAGUUAGAGUCCAUUGCAAUGUCAAAAUUCUUCCCUUUAAGUAUCAUCAUGCUGUUAAUUCUUGUACAUUCCAUCCAGCAAUGGAGGGCAGCAGCUCAUCCCUACCCUCCAUCAUGACAGUUUACAUCAAAGAGGAGCCUGAAGAUGAGGGAGAGGACAUCACUGUCAAGGAUGAACCAAUUUGCAGUGAAGAAUAUGAGCAAACUCCACUUCCCUCAUCUUGCAAGCCAUGCAAGAAAGAGGUUCAAGUUGAGGCUCACGAGGCCUGCACCAGCACCUCACAGUACACUGCUGCCGUGCCUCGUAAGCAGGAUAGCCCGUGCAAUGCACAGGGCAAAAUUGGGCAGGAUAAGUGGAUGAGUGUUUAUCCUGAAACCAAGGGAAAAGAGAUGUCUGCUUCUGAGAAAAAAAUUUUGUUGGGACCCAAUAGUGCAGGUGCAGUCCAAGAAGUUCUUUUUGAUGAGCCUGCAUCUGAGUUCAAGUCUUUGGAAUACAACUUGACCAACAAUGACCAUGCAAGAUUAACAAGGAAAUUGCACAAAGUUUCCUCAUCCACUGAUUCAUUUCAUUCCAAAGUUCCUUCAAAUGCCCACCAAAUUGACGAACAUAAUUUUGAAACUAAAUUAAAAUGUGGAUUAUGCAACUAUGUUGCAUCUGGAAAAAAAUAUCUCCAAAUGCAUUUCUCUUCUAAACAUGGUUUGGGGGAAGGAUUCAAAUGCAAGUUGUAUUAUUAUGAAACCGGCAGACAAAUAGUGUUUACAACCCCCGGUGACAACAUGAGGGUGGCCAAGUGUCCCAAUGAGGGCCUCGCCCUCACCAACUGUGUGAUGGCCAACGAGGCAGACUUCAACAGGGAAGUCGAGUAA